UUUUUUUUUUUAUAAGCGUAGACGAUUUCUUUCAAAAUUUCAAACAUCAGACUUCGUAUAGACCACGGAUUUUUCAAGUAAAUAGUUACCAGAAUUUUUACCGUUUCUUCUUUAUGUAAUAAUAUCAUUCUAAAAAUGUCCGAUUUUGACUUUGUUGUAUUGAGCAUUAUUCGAUUUGAUUCCUUAAUAUUAUUUCUAGAUCCGUCACUGACUAUUAGCCAUUAAGAACACAACAAAGGGUAUCAAAAUACAUCGAAACACCCGAAGACGAGACCCAUUGACCUUUUCUCAUAGUUAUAAGCUGCCAUAAUUUUUUCAAGAUUUUUAAACACCUCCAUGAAAUUUAUUUCAAAGCACAUUAAGAAAAUAUAAAACUUUAAAAUAAAAUUAAAUAAAUUGUAAAAUUUCAAGAUGCAUCUACUACUUAUGCUUGCGAUUCCUUUUAUGGUGAUGCUCUUAAUUGACGUUGGUCACAGUCAAUUUUGUGUUAAUUGUGCCAAUCCAAAUGAUUUCCAGUGCAAUAAUACAUUCUGGUCAAAAAUGCAUACCAACGGUUACAUCUAUAUAGUCUCAACCGAAGAUGAUCCAAUCUUUAAUAACACGGAUCUAUCCUCUUGUAUGCCCAAGGGUCAUAAAAUAGAAUUCUUAGAGUCUCCAGUUUGCAUUUGGGCACCAGAUAUCGGUAUACAUAUUAUAACACCUGACCAAAUGGAUGGAAGUGAAAUGAUUGAUGAAUGCGUAAGAUGCCAAGAAUUAACGCCAUGUACAUCUUUACGUACGAAUUCAAAUAAUCGUAUCUAUCGUUUUUGGUUUCGCAGUCUUCUAAUUGGUGUUUGUAUUACAAUUUCGAAAAUUUAUUUUAUGGGAUUUAUAUUGCAAAUAUAACUGUGUUAGUUUUAGUCAAA